AUUAACUGAGUAAUGAACUUUUAUGUGCUCUCCUGGCUGCUUUUUUUCCUGGCUCCCGGGGGUUGUCCCAUAUACAGCAUCGACCUGGCCACUUUGGAGGUGCCGACCAACGAUUUCCAAAACGAACUGACCCUGCAAUCGAUGCUCAGCUCGGAGCUGCGGGCCUAUCGCAACGGGCUGAACGGGAGGAUCGAUGAGGAGCAGCAGGAGGAUCCUCCCUAUGCGCCGCCCAGGAGAUACCAGCAGCCGGAAUGGCUGCUUAAGGAUCUUCUGCCCAGGGAGCUGCAAAAGGCCACAAGGAGUGCGGCGGAAACAGAUGCCUUCCUGGGCACGAAUCUAUUUGGGAACUACCGCAAGAACUGCUUCUCCACGGAGGACAUUGCCCUGAUCUCCGCCCGCAAGGACUUUGAGCUGCUGGUGCCCAAAUCCUUCCCGCAUUGCCUGCUCACCGACAGCAUUGUCAAUAUGCUACUGCGGUACUUCAACACUGUUAACCAGAUUGUGAAGAGGAUGUCGGACGAUGACACGCGACUUAUCCUCCAGAGAGCUCUCUACGACGCUCUGGGUGGCUACCUGCGCUACUAUCUGGUGCCCAUGGCCCAGGUUUCCUACUACGCCGGAAGGAUCAAACUGAACACCGUGGAGCGUCUGGUGACCAUCUAUCGGCAGUGUAGAACUACCCUGAAUACAAAUGGAAAUGGCUGGCGAACGCCAAACAAGGACAUAAUGACCCAGUUCAAGGGAACGAAGAUUGAGCCUGUCAAUCUGCCCAAGAGCUGCCAGGAUCAGGAGGAUGCCUCUAGCUGUGCCGAGUUGGAUCAAAGCUGCAUUAUCCAAGAACCGGAUCAGGGUUCGAUGCUGGUGCCACUACCCCGCGUAGAAACACCGGAUGAAAGUGGUCUCCUGAGCAACAUCUAUCUGCCCUUCCGGAAGCGACGCAUCUACAAUCUUCGGUCACCCAGAUCCGCCUGUGUCCUCGUGAAGUUCUUUCAAACCCUCACCAGCUGUCAUCGAUUUCAGGGCAUCAGCCAGGUCAACUACAAUCGCCAGCUCCUCGCCUGGCUUAGGGAGAACUUGCAGAUGCACUAUGGUGAUGAGCUUUUCUACCCGGGAUUGGGAGGGGUACUGCAGAUCCAAGAGAGGUUAGUGCUGCAGCAGAAGAAUCCUGAGGAGGAAUCUCGAGAGACUCGGGCAUCACUCGAACAGGUUGAGGAAUGGACAUCUUCCUUAUCAAAAGAAGACUCCCGCAAGAUGAGUCGCUCUGCCAUCCACUGGCAGGAGGCUCCAGACUCUCAGCAGGAGCAGGAGCACCAAGACGAGUGGCUCACCGGUCUGGAGAAGGUUCACACGCGCCAGGAUGAAGUUGAGGAGUGCCGGGAGUGCGACAACGAUGACACCUUAAUCUGGUGCAUUGCCGCCUUCCUGGCACUGCUCCUGCUCCUCAUCCUGCUCAUCAUCUGCUGCUGCAUGCGAAGGGGCAGGAAGAAGAAGGUGGUUCCCACGGAUGCAGAGGCUCCUCCGCCCAAGGAAAAAAAGAAAAAAGUCAGAGAGCCGGUGAUAGUUACGGAGCCAGUGAAAGAAUCUGGGAAGGAGGAGCCUGAGGGCGAUCGCCGAUACUACUACUCUGGAUCUGGUCGCUCAACCUCUCAAAGAUCGGUUCAGAAUGAUCGCGAUCCAGGGAAUCCCGAGAUAGAUUCCUACACCUCCACCUCCUCGCUAGGCUGUCAGUUCAACAAGAAGUGCGUACCUCUAAAGUUCAACCGCACCAAAGGAGAGGAGUACUACAUACCAGACAAGAGUCGAGAUGAGGUGGCAAAGCCACUUUCCACCUUCAAGCUUCUCUCUGAGGAUUCCUCCUCUCAUAGGCCUCUCCGGCCUCCCCAUAAACCCGCUUUGAAGGCAACCCAAUCCGCCAUUCCCACCUCGGAAAGCGAUCUAAUCGCCAUGGACAAGGAUAGGAGGCGACAGAAACAAUCCAGGCAGGAGGAGAAGCGGAAAAGUCAUAAGGACACUAAGACCAGCCGGAGAAAAGAGCAGACCAAAUCCUCAGAAGAAAGCAGAAAGCAGUCUUCAUCGGAAAGGCGAACGACCAAACAAGUGAGGAUUGCAACGGACAACGAUUCUACGGAUGAUCCUCUUCUGCACAGGAAGAAGUCCUCAGAUAAGCCAGAACCCUCAUCGGGCCGACUAAGGGGCGGCACUGAGUCGGUAAAAGAUUCGCCCAGCUGGGAAACGACCUUUGACGACAUCUAAUUGACAUAGUUUUCACCUGUUUUGGUUUUUUGAAUCACUAUUUUGUUAAGUGUAUAUUUUUUGAUAAGCCAAUAAACCCUUUAAUCUUGUAA